GGUAAAGUAAUAUAUGAAUAUAAGAUACUGUACAGUAAUUUUGACAAUUAGUCUAACAUGGCAGUCAAUUUAGUGUAAAUGGAAUUUUUCUUUUUAUAAAGAUUAGUAUUUUUUAAGAUAUUUGAUUAGAAUAAACGAUGGAAGCUAGUGCGAGUACGGGAACUCGGACGACGCGAUUUAUGAUGGAAGGCGUCGGUGCCAGGGUAAUUCGAGGUCCUGAAUGGAAAUGGGGAAAACAGGAUGGCGGGGAAGGGCAUGUGGGGACAGUUCGAAAUUUUGAAUCACCCGAGGAAGUGGUUGUCGUCUGGGACAAUGGUACAGCAGCCAAUUAUAGAUGCUCCGGAGCUUUCGAUUUACGUAUUUUAGAUUCAGCGCCAACCGGUGUUAAACACGAUGGAACUAUGUGCGAUACUUGCAGACAACAACCAAUUUUUGGGAUUAGAUGGAAGUGCGCGGAAUGUAAUAAUUAUGACUUGUGCUCUAUUUGUUAUCAUGGAGAUAAGCAUCAUCUACGUCACAGAUUUUAUAGAAUUGCAACACCAGGGAGCGAAAGAGUUCUUUUGGAGCCAAGAAGAAAAAGUAAAAAAAUAGCAAUACGAGGUAUUUUUCCAGGAGCCAGAGUUGUAAGAGGCGUCGAUUGGCAAUGGGAGGAUCAAGAUGGAGGAAAUGGACGCAGAGGAAAAGUUAAUGAGAUUCAAGAUUGGUCUGCAGCAAGUCCACGUUCAGCUGCUUAUGUUAUUUGGGAUAAUAGUGCCAAAAAUUUGUAUCGUGUUGGUUUUGAAGGGAUGGCUGAUUUAAAAGUAGUUAAUGAUGCUAAAGGACAGACUGUAUAUAGAGAUCAUUUACCACUUCUUGGAGAACAAGGUCCAGGACGUGCUGGUCCUCAUGGCCUUCAAAUAGGAGAUCAGGUUAAUGUUGACUUGGAAUAUGAAAUAGUAGAUUCGCUUCAACAAGGGCACGGAGGUUGGACUGACGGCAUGUUUGAAUGCCUCAGUGCUACUGGGACCGUUGUUGGUAUCGACGAAGACCAUGAUAUUGUAGUUUCUUAUCCUAGCGGAAAUCGUUGGACAUUUAAUCCUGCUGUAUUAACAAAAGUGCAAAUAUCAGUGCCGGUUAUAAAUUCAAUCACUGAUAAUCCUUCAUUUGCCGUUGGAGAUUUAGUACAAAUUUGCAAUGAUUUAGAUAAAAUUAAAUUAUUACAGCGUGGUCAUGGGGAGUGGGCUGAAGCUAUGGCACCGACGUUAGGAAAAAUUGGAAGGGUCCAACAAAUUUAUCACGAUGGUGAUCUGAAGGUAGAAGUUUGCAGUACAUCUUGGACGUAUAAUCCACAAGCUGUAACGAAAGUAGCAAGCAGUGAUGGUAGUGUAACAGGAAACAGUAGUGGUGAACGACUUUCAGCACUUUUGAAAAAAUUAUUCGAAACGCAUGUAUCUGGGGAUGUUAAUGAAGAACUUGUAAAAACGGCUGCAAAUGGUGAUACUGCAAAGUGCGAGGAAUGUUUAAAGAGACCCGAGGCUGACGUUAAUGGUAUUUUUGCUGGUCAUACUGCAUUACAAGCAGCAAGUCAAAAUGGUCACCUUGAUAUAAUUAAAAUUCUUCUUCGAUAUAAAGCAGAUGUAGAAAUUGAGGAUAAGGAUGGUGAUAGAGCAGUUCAUCAUGCUGCAUUUGGUGAUGAGCCAGCCGUAAUGGCAUUAUUGGCAGGAGCUGGAGCAGAUCUAAAUGCUCGAAAUAAAAGACGUCAAACUGCAUUGCAUAUUGCAAUUAAUAAAGGGCAUGCCGGAGUAGUUCGUACACUUUUAGAAAUUGGUUGCCAUCCUAGUCUUCAGGAUUCUGAAGGUGAUACACCACUCCACGAUGCCAUUUCCAAGAAACGCGAUGACAUGUUGGCUCUGUUGUUGGACCACGCAGCUGAUAUCACUCUCACCAACAACAAUGGUUUCAAUGCUCUGCAUCAUGCUGCCCUUCGCGGAAAUCCGAGCGCGAUGCGCGUCCUGCUGUCCAAGCUGCCACGGCCUUGGAUCGUCGACGAGAAGAAGGACGACGGCUACACGGCCCUCCAUCUCGCCGCCCUCAACAACCACGUGGAAGUGGCCGAGCAGCUGGCCAGAGCCGGGAAAGCCGAUCUCGACCUGCAGAAUGUCAAUCUACAGACGGCCCUGCACCUCGCCGUCGAGCGACAGCACACCCAGAUUGUCAGGUUGCUGGUACGCGAAGGCGCGAACCUUAAUGUGGCCGAUAAGGACGGCGACACGCCGUUACACGAAGCCCUACGGCAUCACACGCUGUCGCAGCUACGCCAACUCCAAGACGUCCAGGACGUCGGCCGGCUGCUUAUGGGUCUGGGCGCUCAGGGUCAGGACAAAAAGAGCAGCUCCUUCAUCGCCUGUUUCCUCGCCGCUCACGGAGCUGAUCUCGAGCUCAAGAACAAGAAGGGCCAGACGCCCCUCGAUCUCUGCCCCGAUCCAAAUCUCUGCAAGACACUCACCACUUGUCAUAAGGAUAAGGACGACCACGACAUCGAGAGCGCAGUCCCAUCAACGGGUAUCGACGAGUGCCUCGUAUGUUCGGACGCCAAGCGCGAGGUCCUCUUCGGGCCCUGCGGCCACGUCACCUGCUGCAACGCCUGCGCCCCGAGGGUCAAGAAGUGCCUCCUAUGCCGCGAGAGCAUACGAGCGCCCCGAUGAUUGCAGAUCGAGGAAUGCAUGGUGUGCUCGGAUCGUAAGGCCGCGAUCCUCUUCCGACCCUGCGGCCACAUGUGCGCCUGCGAUAGCUGCGCCACCCUCAUGAAAAAGUGCGUCCAGUGCCGUGGACAGAUCCUCCACAUGCUGCCCCUGUCCAUGUGCUGUGGCGGCGGGGGCGACGUGACCUACGUCAAGGGCUGCAACACGACGGCGGUUAACGCGCCUCUGCACCGGCGGGGUGCCGAGGGCAUCCUCAUGAACAACGGCAGCCGCGACACGUCCCACAGCGACAUACAGAAGCUGCAACAGCAGCUGCAGGACAUCAAAGAGCAGACAAUGUGUCCAGUAUGCUUGGAUCGCCUGAAAAACAUGAUCUUCCUCUGUGGUCACGGUACGUGCCAAAUGUGCGGCGACCGAAUGUCCGAGUGCCCGAUAUGCCGCAAAGCCGUGGACAAGCGAAUUCUACUCUACUAAAUCAAGACUGUCGGAUUGAUGUGCCGUUUAAUUUGGAAAUAUUGUAUAAAUAUUGCGCUGAAAGUUAUCGAUGAAGAGAGAGCUUCUGAGACUGCAUCUGUUAUAAGCCUCUGGGAAUAUUGGGAAUUAAAUAUUGGGGAUU